UUUUUUUUUUUUUUUAAUUCAACCAAAAUUUAAUUUUAAACGAUCUUUUUUUUUUGUGUGUGUGCGACCAAUUUCUAGAAAUAAGCGAAAAUAUUUAUCAGCUUCAUUGUAUAUUAUUUUUUACUACCUUUUUUUUUUCAAUUCUAUUAAAUCUAAUUAUUGACAAAAUGGAACAUGUUUUAAUGUGGGAUGAAAACAGAGUAACUAAAUGGAUGGCAAGUAUUGGUUAUGCUUCUUAUGAAAAGCAAUUUAAAGAGCAAGGAAUAACAGGUGAUGUACUAGUUAAUCUGGAUCAUGAAUCAUUAAGGGAUUUAUCAGUGUUAACAGUUGGGCAAAGAAUGGAUUUAUUAAAGAAUAUAUAUCAAUUAAAAAUGCAAUAUAGAGUACCAAUAAAUGAAUGGGAUUAUAUACCACCAAGCGUAUUAUAUGAAACAGACUGGUUGGGACAUAAUGGUAUGACAGAUUAUAGAAAAAUAGAAGCAGCAUUUCAGGAAAGAGAUGCUCGUAUUAAACGAUUAACAGAAGAUUUACAAAAAGUGAAUAAUGGGUUAAAUGUACUAAAAGAAGAAGUAAAUCAGUUAUUAAAAUACAAUAAGUAUCAGCAACAAAAUGAUAGCAAUAUUAAACCAGCAAAAGUACCUUAUUAUGGCUUAAAGCAUAGUAAUUCAAUUAGCUUAAAUGAUGUAGAAGAAGUUAAACUAAAUACUACACAGAAUGAAAAUGGCGGUGCAAUUAAAGUUUAUGGAGAUAAAAUAACUAAGGUUGAACAACAUGAACUGGAAUCUUCGAAAAAUGUUCGUUUAUUAUUGGAUGAUCCAACCUCGAAAGUAAUUGCUUCCGCUCUUAAAAAAUAUAAUGUGAAUAGUGACUGGCAGCAAUAUACAUUAUGGAUUCAGUAUGGUACACCUGAUAAUUUGCAAGAACGUGCGCUGGGUUAUGACGAAAAACCAUUACGUAUUUCUCAGAAAUUAAAAGAAGCCAAACAGAAUCCAGUAUUUGUAUUAAAACAUGUUAAAGAUAACAAACCUUUUAUUCCUCCAAACUAUACCUACUCAAGAUCUGUACCGAAACUUCAACAACAGCAACAGCAGCAACAACAACAACAACAACAGCAGCAGCAGCAGCAGCAGCAACAAAGGCAAUCACAACAAAAUAACAAUAUCACAGCUGGCAAGGUAGGAUUUGAAGUGGUUAUUCCUGUAAUGUCUUCCUCUGUAUCUACACCUACUACUACAAUAAAUACUACAGCUAUAAAACGAAACCAACCUGCUGUUUAUAAUAAUGAUUUAGGGUUAGAUAACGGUGUUGUAAAUGCGAUAUUCUCUAUAAAUAAUUCAACUCAAAACCCAUAAUAAAAUGUUAGACUGAAACUUU